GGUUAAUUUGGCAGGAAAAAUGCCUCCUAGAAGUAGAGUGCGCAUCCGGUCUAGGCGGCAGACGCCAACUCCGACGGGUUCGACUAAGAGCAAAGACAGUUCCAGCAUGACUCCAACCAUGGACCGUGUGAAUAAUGGUCGAAAGCGGACCGACCUCCCGGACAGACGGAGAUACAGUAGUAGCAGCACACAGCGGAACAACAGCACCAGUCCAAGUCCGACUCUCCCACCACCAGCACCAGCACCACCGGCUAGCACCAGCACCAGCUUCGGGGCCACCCUCGCUCAGUCGCCGAACCCACCCCCGCUCAGCAACCGCUGGCAGACCACCCUGUCCGUCAUGACGGCCGCAGCCAACAAGCGCAAGCAGCGGCAGCAGGGCCCGUACUGGCCCCCGCGUGCCCUCUUCUGUCUGGGCCUGAAGAAUCCCAUCCGCAGGGCCUGCAUGUACAUCGUAGAAUGGAAGCCUUUUGAAUAUUUCAUUCUGCUGGCCAUCUUUGCCAACUGCGUGGCCUUAGCGGUCUAUGUGCCCUACCCUGUGAAAGAUUCGAAUGAAGCCAACCAACAAUUGGAAACAGUGGAAUAUCUCUUCCUUGUCAUAUUCACGUUGGAGGCAGUGUUUAAGAUAAUAGCCUAUGGUUUAAUUGCACACAACGGUGCAUAUUUACGAAACUUCUGGAACAUUUUAGAUUUUACAAUUGUCAUAAUAGGCAUUGUCAGUAUAGUGUUGGAAACUUAUAAGUUCGAAGGCUUCGAUGUCAAAGCUCUAAGAGCAUUCCGAGUUUUGAGGCCUCUAAGGCUUGUCUCUGGUGUCCCAAUCCGUUGUUGCACAUCGCCCUGCUAUGUUUGUUUGUAAUCAUCAUCUACGCAAUCAUCGGCCUAGAACUCUUCUCAGGGAAACUGCACACAACAUGCUUUGUCCCAGGCUCAGACCAAAUUUAUUUCCAUGAUGGGCCCCCUCCCUGCCAACCCGAACCUGGAUCCAGUGGCUAUCACUGUCCAGCCAACGUGUCCGUAUGUAGGGGGUACUGGGAGGGUCCGAACAGUGGUAUCACCAACUUUGAUAACUUUGGACUGGCAAUGCUGACAGUCUUCCAGUGCAUGACCAUGGAGGGGUGGACAACUGUCUUGUACUGGGUAAAUGAUGCGGUCGGAAACGAAUGGCCGUGGAUCUACUUCAUUACUCUCAUCAUCGUCGGCUCCUUCUUCGUGCUGAACUUAGUAUUAGGUGUACUGAGUGGAGAGUUUUCUAAGGAGAGAGAAAAGGCCAGGUCCAGGGGUGAGUUCCAAAAGCUUCGGGAGAAGCAACAGAUGGAAGAAGACCUACACGGCUAUUUGGAGUGGAUCUACCACGCAGAGGAUCUCGAUGAGGGCCGAGGCCGGGAAGAAGAAAAAUCGAUGCCCCACCAUAAGCGCAUUGCCAAGACCUUGCCAUUCCUAAGAAAGGGAAAAGGAAUAGCCCUCUUUCGUGGACAAGAAAAAGCCAGCGAUGCUGGCUCAGCUUCGGAAGAACUUGAAGCCGGCGAAGGCCCCAUCGGUGCUGAGCCUUCCGGGUGGGCAAGGCACAAUGCUGGUCCGACGGGUUGUUUACGACGCUGGAGGAGAACAAACAGGCUAAUUCGGCGGCAACUCCGAGCAGCAGUGAAGACCACAGUGUUCUACUGGUUCGUGAUUGUCAUGGUGUUCCUCAACACCUGCACACUGGCCUCCGAGCACUACAGACAACCUCCCUGGCUGGAAGAAGUACAGAAAAUCUCCAACUUGUUCUUUGUGUCCCUGUUCUCCCUGGAGAUGGUGGUGAAGAUGUAUGCCCUGGGAUGGCAAGCCUACCAGGUCUCCCUCUUCAACCGCUUCGACUGCUUCGUCGUGAUCAGCAGUAUCAUCGAGAUCAUCCUGACGGAGACAGGGGUCAUCCAGCCGCUCGGAGUCAGUGUGCUUCGGUGCGUCAGACUCCUCAGAGUCUUCAAAGUGACAAAAUACUGGCGUGCGCUGAGCAACUUGGUCGCAUCACUGCUAAACUCGAUCCGCUCCAUUGCCAGCCUGCUGCUUCUACUCUUUCUGUUCAUUCUCAUCUUUGCACUGCUGGGGAUGCAGAUCUUCGGAGGAAAAUUCAACUUCGACGACACCCAGCAGAAAGAUCGUAGUAACUUUGACACUUUCUGGCAAUCCCUGCUGACUGUAUUCCAGAUCCUCACAGGUGAGGACUGGAACGAAGUGAUGUACACCGGUAUCCAGUCGUACGGUGGGGUCAGUAAAAUUGGAAUCCUGGCCUGCUUCUAUUUCAUCAUCCUGUUCAUCUGUGGCAACUUCAUCCUCCUGAAUGUGUUCUUGGCCAUCGCCGUGGACAACCUGGCCGAUGCCGACGCCCUGACAGAGGCGGAGGAGGCGGCCGAGGCCGAGAAAGAGGCCAAGAAGGAGGAGGAACUGAAGGCGCUGUCCUCAGCCGAGGAGAAGCCUGCAGAAGGAAGCCCUAAGAUGAACCACACAGGAGGUGGAAAACCAAAAGGCAGGUCACAGGAAUCCAUGGAAAUGCGACCCAUCUCACCGGAGAGUGCUUCCAGUCACACCAAGGUAAAAAUAGAUGUGACUGAUACCACUCAGACUGAUAUUGACGAAGAAGCAGAAGACGAAGAAAAAGAUAAAGCCGCUGGAGAAGGCGGAGGAGAGGAACUAUCUGAUGAAGCAGCUGCAGCAGGGUUACCAUGGGAUGAGGAGGAUGACGACGACGAAGAGGGUUUGAAGCCCACCCCAGUGGGCGCCCGACCGCGCCGAAUGUCUGAAGUCUACAUCCCAGAUGAAAAACUUCCGAUCCCAGAAUAUUCGGCCUUCUUCAUCUUUAGUCACACCAACUUGUUGAGGAAGUUAUGCCACAAGAUCAUUACCCACCCCGUGUUCACAAACCUGAUCCUGGCUCUAAUCCUGAUCAGCAGUGCUGCACUGGCUGCAGAGGAUCCACUGAGGGCCGAGUCUCCCAGGAACAUAAUUCUUGGAUAUAUGGACUAUGUCUUCACCUCUGCAUUUACAAUUGAAAUUAUACUGAAGGUGAUAGUGUUCGGGUUCAUCAUGCAUCCGGGGUCAUUCUGCCGCAGUGCCUUCAACCUACUGGAUUUGCUGGUUGUCACCGUGUCCCUCAUUUCUAUUGCUUUCCCGAAAGGAGGUGUAUCAGUGGUCAAGAUCCUCAGGGUACUGAGGGUUCUUCGGCCUCUACGAGCAAUUAACCGAGCCAAAGGACUUAAACAUGUCGUCCAAUGCGUAUUUGUUGCCAUCAAAUCAAUCGGGAACAUCAUGCUGGUCACCUUCCUACUACAAUUCAUCUUUGCCGUCAUCGGCGUCCAACUCUUCAAGGGUACAUUUUUUCAAUGUAAUGAUGAGUCCAAAAAGACUGCUGCCGAGUGCAAGGGCUACUAUAUCAUUUAUAUCGACGGCAACGUGGAGAACGCAGAGCAGAACGAACGAGAGUGGGACGUGAACGUCUUCAACUUUGACGACGUUGGACAGGCCAUGCUUUCCUUGUUUACAGUGUCCACCUUUGAAGGGUGGCCCAAUCUUUUGUAUGUGGCCAUUGACUCCCGUGCGGAAGACAUGGGCCCCAUCUACAACUACCGGCCGGCCGUGGCCAUCUUCUUCUUUGUGUACAUCAUUAUCAUUGCUUUCUUCAUGGUCAACAUCUUCGUUGGCUUUGUCAUCGUGACUUUCCAGAACGAGGGAGAAAAAGAAUACGGAGACGAAUGCGAGUUAGACAAAAACCAGCGUCAGUGCAUAGAGUUUGCGCUGAAAGCCAAGCCACUGCGGCGGUAUGUGCCAAAGAACCCCAUACAGUACAAGUUUUGGUACGUGGUGAACUCCCAGACGUUUGAGUACACCAUGUUUAUCCUCAUCAUGCUCAACACUGUCUCCUUAGCAAUGAAGCAUUAUGGCCAGUCAGAAACCUACGAAUAUGCGUUGGAUUUCAUGAACUUGAUAUUUACGGCAUUGUUCACCCUUGAAGCCAUGUUGAAGUUGAUCGGAUUUGGACCGAAGUAUUAUUUCAAAGAUGCGUGGAAUACGUUCGAUUUCCUCAUCGUUGUGGGAAGUCUUGUUGAUAUCAUUGUGUCUCAAAUGAACCCUGGAGCCGAGGUGCCCAGCAUAAACUUCUUCCGACUUUUCCGAGUCAUGAGGUUGAUCAAACUGCUGAGCCGAGGCGAGGGAAUCCGCACCCUGCUUUGGACCUUCAUCAAGUCCUUCCAGGCCUUGCCAUAUGUUGCCUUACUCAUCCUUAUGCUGUUCUUCAUUUAUGCUGUGGUUGGUAUGCAGAUGUUUGGGAAGAUAGAGUUGAACGACGACACAGCCAUCCACAGGAACAACAACUUCCAGACCUUCCCCCAGGCAGUGCUACUCCUAUUCAGGUCGGCCACUGGGGAGGCAUGGCAGGAGAUCAUGAUGUCGUGCACAGCGGGGUCGGGCGCCAUGUGCGAUCCCAACUCCGACAGCGCUGGGAAUUUGUGUGGAAACAACUUCGCCUAUCCCUACUUCCUUUCUUUCUACAUGCUGUGUGCUUUCCUGAUUAUCAACCUUUUUGUUGCUGUGAUUAUGGACAACUUUGACUACCUGACCAGGGACUGGUCCAUCCUAGGCCCCCAUCAUCUGGACGAGUUUGUCCGGGUCUGGUCAGAGUACGACCCCGAUGCAAAGGGCCGUAUCAAGCAUCUGGACGUGGUGACCCUCCUCAGGCGCAUCUCCCCACCACUGGGUUUUGGCAAGCUGUGUCCACACCGUGUGGCUUGCAAGCGCCUGGUCUCCAUGAACAUGCCUCUGAACAGCGACGGAACCGUCAUGUUCAAUGCAACUUUGUUUGCCCUGGUAAGAACGGGACUGAAGAUCAAGACAGAAGGCAACAUUGACCAGGCAAACGAGGAGCUCAGGGCCAUCAUUAAGAAGAUCUGGAAGAGGACAAACCCCAAAGUCCUGGACCAGGUCUGCCCGCCCGCCGGAGAUGAUGAGAUCACGGUCGGUAAGUUUUAUGCCACGUUCCUGAUCCAAGACUACUUCCGCAAGUUCAAGCGCCGACAGGAGGAAGACGAAGGCGAAGAACAGUACAAUAAAGACGCCAUCAGGUUGCAGGCUGGCCUUCGUACUCUUCACGACAUUGGCCCAGAGAUUCGCCGAGCAAUCUCGGGUAACUUAGAGGAGCAGUUAGCUGCAGAGGGUAUCGAUAUUGGUGAUUCCGAAGAGCCAUCUCAUAGGAGAAAUCAUUCAUUAUUCGGGAAUCACACGGAGUCCCCUGUCAGGAGUAACAACUCCCUCAGGAAGACCUCUCCGGUGAAUUCCUACAUGCCCAACUCCCUGGACACAAACACUAACGCCAACGCUAACGUCAACGCCAACGCUAAUUCCAUCAAGCCCGCGGACGCUGCCAAAAAUCCAACAGACAAAGGCAAGAAGGACACAGCUGAAUCCAACAAAGAGCAGGCUGCUAGCGAUUCGGGCUUGGUUGGCACCGUCACCUCCAAACUCAAGGGAUUUUUGGAGCCUGCUACAGGGUCCGGAUUAGUCUCGUCCGUAACGUCCGGCUUUAGUAGCUUCACAGGCUCCUUUACCAGCUCCUUUUUUUCGGGUCCAAAACAACCGGAGCCGCCAAACAAAACCGACCCAAAGACUGGUGCUGCUCCCAAGCAACCGCAACAGGCCCAGAACAAGCAGCAAGCUUCACAACAACAACAACAACAACAGCAGCAACCACAACAACAAACUGAAAAUACACCCAAGGCCAAUGGGCAGCCUCCCAAGCAAACGGCAAACCCCCAGCCAUCAAACGUGCAGCAACAAAAUGUCCAUAAUGCACCUACGGCUAAUAAUUCGCCAUCCAAAAAUAUGGCUGCCUCUACUUCAUUAAACGCUAGCACUGCUACUACUACCACUACUACCACAACGACCGGGGUGGGUAAUAAUCCUGGCAAGAACCACGAGGAAAAUAUCGAUAAUGUCAAGCUCGUUGGGAAUCAUUCCCUGCCCAAUGCAAACCAGGAGCUUAACAAUAACAUCCAGCCUAUAGACAACAGAAUUGACAUGAGACGCAGCAUCCACCAGCACCAGGACCCAGACCUGAUCCAUUCUCCCGAGUUUGUGCGGUCUCCCGAAGACAUGCGACCGCUUGGGAACAUGAGAUCGUCUGGGGGCGGCAUGCGAUCACCGCCAGGGAACAUACAGUCUCCUGGCACCAUACGUUCUCCUAUGGGCAUGCGAUCCCCGUCGGGAGAGAUUCGCUCCCCUGUAGAAUACGAAGAAUACGAUGACGACGAAGAUCCGGAGGUCGAAGUCGUGCAUCCCGAUGAUGUUGAUGAACCUUUCUUUACCGCCGCGACAAUGGACGCUCCUUACUGGCGACAGCCGUCAAGUGAAACUGAGGACGAGAGGAAGCCCCUGCGUCCAAAAGAGCAUCCAAAGAGGCACAGGCGCGAGCGUGAUUUGUACAGGGACUCCUCUCGUGACUCCGAUUACUAUUCGCGGGAUUAUGAUCAUUAUGGUUAUGGUUAUGGUUAUACUGACAGGGAGAGAGGCCCAGAUCCAUGGAUGCAGAGAAGAGAAGCGGGACAGCCCCACUACCCCAGUCCCAGCAGGCGCUCCCCCAGCAGGAGAAAAUACAGGGGGGAGGACCAGCUACCCAUGCCCAAAAGGGGUGCGGGCACAACCAGAUACACUCAGCAACAGGCAAUCGCGAUUGCUGGACAGCCGCCAUCAGGAGGUUACGACAUCACAGAGAACAACUGGCGCACCCCUCCCUCCUCCCCCGGACGGGUGAGGUCGUCCUACCCCACCCCCGCGGGGAGGCCCCAGUCUGUCAUCAGCACGUCCUCUACACCAGCCCGGGGGAACGGCGACGUGCGCCCCAGCCGGUCGGGGUGGGACUACAACAACAUACCCAAGAGGGAUCCCGCGACCGCCUUCUACGAGGGGCUGAAAACGGGCUCCCUGGGGCCCAACAGCGAGAGGCAGCACUCCAGGAGGAAUAGUAGAUACGACAGUCAUGCAAUGAAUCUGGUAGAGCAGGUACUUGUACAGGAGGGGCUUGGACGGUACGCUGACGACCACCUUGUAAAUGUAGCCAAACACGAACUAGCCGAGGCGUGCGACAUGACCCCCGCCGAGCUGGACUACGCCGCGCAGGAGAUGAUGCGGGAGCAAGGCUACGACAUGACCGAGAGCAGCUAUCAAUUCGACUAUCCCUACCUGGAACACAUGGGCGGGAGCUACGACCUGCCGGACUACCCUCCCGUAAACCACGGCAACAACCCCCGCCGCCUGCCCGACGAUCACUACGUGCGGCACCCGCCAGAGGGCGACAGAGACCACCCGAUGCACAGGCGACCCGCAGGUGACUAUGCAGAAGAUGUGGAGGAUUUGGAUGACGAAAUGGUCUACGUCACUACAUUAUAGCAAGAUGGUGUGCAUGGGGAAAAAACACCACCUUUUAUACCUACAGAUUCUUAUAUCUUUGUUCGGAUUUGAAGAACGAUUUACCACGUUCGUAAACCCUCGAAGACGUUUUAAGAAAAAAUGAAGGGCAGAAUUGCUGCCAUCUUGUAAUGUUCCCUGCCCCCAUAUCUAUUUCAAGGAUGCCAUCAUGCUUCUGCAGGUCCCAUAUCCUCAUCGUCACACCAAGCGUCAAUGGUCACCCUCUAAAAACAAUUGCUACCUCGAUGAAAGGAUGGCUGACGGUCGAGGUCGCAGGCAUAGCUUUGCAGAAGUGAGUCCGAGGUUGAAGACCAGUGAGAAAGAAGAAUGCCAUUGUUUUGGCCGAGUGCGUCAAACAGACUGGCGAGGCCCAGCAGUAUCAAACUUACAGGUGGAGAAGGCACAUCUUAAGGCAAUAUUGGCUGCUUAUCUUGCCUCUGUUACUACAAAGAUAGCAUUUAAUAACUUGCAUUAUGCAGUCAACUAAGGACUUUGAAUAUCCAUGACAGAAAAAAAAUAUGUAGGUAUAAUCAAUUUAACUUUCUGUGACCUUUACUGCAAUACCAUAUAGCUAUAGCAGACGUAGUAGCCGACAGAUCUCCCUGAAAACCUUGAAAUGAGGACUAGUUGUCAGAAGGAGAUCCUGAAAGUUUAUUGUACACAAAUGUAUACUUCAACAGAGUAACAUGCACCACCUCCAAACAUGUCAUCUAAAAGAAACUGACAAUGACAAAGCAUAGGGAAACUGUAAAUGCCACUUGUUCCUGAGUUUAUUUUUAUAUACUUGCAUUUGAGGAUUGUGGUGCUCCCUUCUUGGGCUAUUUAAAGUCUAGCUCAAAGGAUCCUAUUGAAUUUCUUCGGAAUUCACAGUUGCAUGUAUUUGAUACUGACAAGGUAUUAUGGUUGGAUUUAUUUAUUUAUUUACCUUUUACUGAUGAGGAGAGUGAAGAAUCUACGGCAUCAUUAUCAAGAGGUUAAAGAGCAUGACACUGUAUGUAAAGGGCGCCGUGGCCAAGCGGUGCUCGUGUCGAAUGUGAAGUUAACUUGGAAGCUAUUAGAAGUAAAAUUGUAAAAUAGUGACGGGAACGUAACUGUACAUGUCUGUUAAUUUUACUACAUCCAUCCAGUUUGGACUAUCGUGGGCAGUGUGUUGGGUGCAACAUCACUUAACUGUUUCUCUUAUAACUGUAAAAGAAAUCAGCAUCGUUCAACUUCUUCUUUACCCAAGGUUUCUGUCUUAGGAGUUCGUAAACUCGAAAAUCCUUUAAGUAUUCCUCCUUGAUCCCAGUGAGUUUGGACCAGUUCAUACGUUUGUAAACAACAACGACGAAUUCCUCAGUGUUUUGACUGAAGUUGAAACGAAUUGUGUGCAUUUUGCGUUUUUUUUUUGGCAACGCCUCAGAGGCGAGCCGAAUGGUAUAUCAUUCUCUUUUUCGUGGCAUCCCUGUCCUUGGACAACUACCGAGUUGAUGGGUCGAGCCAGACGCUUGUGCUGGCCGGCCCAAGCACAGAGUUGCAGGCAAGGAUGCCAGUCAAGUCUCGCAACGAGCAAAGCAAAACAAACCUCACCAUCGGUUAUGUCUUUAAAAAAAGAACAAGCUUAACUGCGUUAAAGUCAGCUCGAUAAGUGAGUGAGUGACAGUGUGUAAAGAACAAACGCUUUCCUUUUUAUUGGUUUUGGCAGUACUGCGUUACUGAAGCAGUAGUUUUUCUUUAUAAAACACGCUUUGCUCAGUUUUCUGCUUUCGAUCUAAACCUGUGCCCAGGGCCCAAGUUUUAUGUUUCCGGCAAUGCUCAUGAUAUAAAAGACAUGGGUUGUUUGGAAAACGGAAUUCCUUUGUUCUGAUUCAGACCGGAAACAGAACGGUGCUGUUGUGCCAGGACCUGCCUAGAGUUGGAAAGAAAAUUCUAAGGGUAUAUAAGCGAUGGAUACGGGGUGAUAAAUUCCUGGAAACGGGAACCUGCUAAAGAUAGAGAUUUAAAAAAAAAACUGAUGCUGUGUGAUAGAAAUGAUGUGAAAAAUUACUGCGUGUGGAGUGUGUAUAGAGUAUUUCAAUAUAGCUAUGAUGACCUACGGCAUUGCAUUUACACCUGUGUCUAUGAUUGUAACAUUACAAUGGCCUUAACAGAACAGAAGAUUCAGGGUCAACCUGUACGAUAAAGACUGACAAAAGAAAAGGCUGAGACAGGCGAGAUUGGAAAGACUGGUGCAUGAACUGUACAAAAGUAAACAAUGCAUGUUCCCUCUGUAAAGUGAUGAUAUUUUCCGUACAGGAAAAAAAAAAGACUUGUUGUCGAAACCUUUGCAAUAAUGCACAGUACUUGAUAUAGAGGUCCAUUGAAAAUCAUGCCAAAGGUAUGCAUGACAUUGUACGAAAAUUAAUAACUCCAUUGCAGUUUUUUGAAGAAAAAAAAGCUUUUCAUUUAGGCAUCGUAUUUACUGCGCUUCUCUUACUUGCGAGGCAACUAGUGCGAAUCAUACGAAUAAUAUUUCUCUGAUAUUGCAAAAGCUAGAUGAUAUGUUAUGAUUGCUCCCCAAAUUUUUAUAUGAAAAGUAUUUUCCAAAACUUGCCAAUUUUGCAAUGUUCCCGUUCUGCUGCUUUAUAAUAAGGUUUGGCAUUUGUGAAAAGAUGCAUACGAUAUAAACAGCUGCACGGUCCGAAUCUAACUGUAGCCAGAGAAAUUUCCUAACUGCACAUAUUUAAGGAAUUUUUAACACAAUGCGGUUUGUACUCCACACUUGUAAAUUAAAGAAAAGUUAACAAACCUUUUGUAUUACUUUGGCAUUUGCUUUGUUGCCAUGUAAGAAUUGAUAGUUAGACUGUAGAUAGAGUUAGCAAGAGACUAUAGAAUAAAUAGGGCAUACUGCAAUUUGACUUUCAGUACAUAUAUGUAAUAUAUUCAUUUGCAAGGAAUGUUAUGGAAGUGCAAUAAACAAUUUGAUUCUUAAA